GGAACAAGUUCGAUUUAACGGCUUUGGAAUUUUUCUCUUCAUUAUUUAUCCUGGAGCAUUUGUUGAUCUCUUCACCACCCAUUUGCAACUUAUAUCACCAGUCCAGCAGCUAAGGAUAUUUUGUGCAGCUAUCGCCUACCUGUUUGCUACCCAGUACUGCUACGUGGAUCUCCGCCAUGGCCUCAGAGCAAGUUACGUGCGUCACCACAGAAGAUGCAGAGAUUCCCGCCGCUCUUGUGGAGCUGCAGCCACUCACUUUAGAGAGAGCUUCUGUGGAGGAAAGCCAAACCGUUGAAAUGUAUGCAGAUGUAGGUGUCGAUUGGGCGUGUGGUGACCACUGCCACUCUCCUCUUAUUACUCUGAAGCCAGUUUCGGGCAGCAACCUGAGUAAUGGGGACCAUGAUCAGGAAGCUAUCAUCCUGGAGAAAAGAAAGGAGGUGGUGGGCUACCAGGACUCAGACAUCCUACUAAUCCAUUCUAAUUUUGAAAACCAGAUGGUUGUUCCAGUUAUUCAAGAUGACUACCUCCAGCUGACCGCUGCUUCUUUACCUAGCUUCGUGGAGUCAGAGAAUGAUCAAGGUGAGCUCAGCCCGUUUGAAGGGAAUCUCUGUGGUUUAGCGACCAUUAUCGACGGCAGUGCAGAAGGCACGAACCCUGACCUGGGUGAGCAACAGUGGGUGCAGAGGCAGAUUCAAAUCGAAGCUCUUGAGGGAGAAUUCCCCUUCCCAGUGUGGGAGGCUCAAGAGGAAAAAGAAGAUACCGUGGCUGAAGGGCAGACCGUUGACUCGCCUCCCGAUUAUUCCGAGUAUAUGAUGGGAAAGAAAUUUCCUCCUGAAGGAAUACCUGGCGUCGACCUGUCUGAUCCCAAACAACUGGCAGAAUUUACUAGCAUGAAAAAUAAGCCCAAAGGAGACUUUCCAAGACCCAUAGCUUGCUCUCAUAAAGGUUGUGGGAAGAUGUUCAGGGAUAUGGCUGCUAUGAAAAAGCACUUGCACAUCCAUGGGCCUAGAGUGCACGUUUGUGCAGAAUGUGGUAAAGCUUUUAUUGAGAGUUCAAAGCUGAAACGUCAUCAGCUGGUCCACACUGGAGAGAAGCCCUACCAAUGUGCCUUUGAAGGCUGUGGGAAACGCUUUUCCCUGGAUUUCAAUUUGCGCACACACCUGCGAAUCCAUAAUGGAGACAAGCCCUUCGUGUGCCCAUUUGAUGGUUGCAGCAAGAAGUUUGCUCAGUUGACAAACCUGAAAUCGCAUAUCGUGACACACGUUAAGAAUAAGAAUGACCAGCAGUAAGAAGUGAGAAGAUCCUUCUGAAGCCUCGGAAGUAUUUUACAGUAAUGUGCCUGGGAAUCAGUAUACCUCACAUUUGAAUAGUUUCUAGGAAAGUUAUUGCAACUGUACAAAUCUGAGGUUUAUGUUUUGUUAGCGUAUUAUAUUGCUAAAAUGCCCUGUUUGUGCUGCAGUGAUGUUUUUGUGAAGUUUUAUUUCAGCCAGAGAGACUAAUUCAUUAACCUCACGUUGUUGCUAAGAUAUCUUAUGUUUUGUACUGAUAUUUUUCAAGCUUGGUUUCAACCAGAGAGUAAUUCACAAACCUCAUAUUGUUGCUAAAGAUGGCCUGUGUUCUUUUAAGAUGGAUGUUUUGAGAAGUUUGGUUUCAACGGGAGACUUAAGAUUAUGAACCUCAUAUUGCUAAGAUAUCCUAUCUUCUGCAGUGGUGUUAUAAAACUUGGUUUCAGCAAGAGACUAUUUCGUGAACUAGAUAUACCAAAAUGACUUGUUUUAUUCUACAGUGGUGUUUUUGUGAAACUUUUGUUCAACAGACUAAUUCAACGAACCAACCUAAAGAUAGCCUGUGUUAUUUUGCUCUGAAGUUUUUUGAGAAGCUUAAUUUCAACAGGAGUUUAAAAUCACAAACCUCAUUGUUGCUAAGUUGCACUGUGUUAUUCUGUGGGGUAGUUUUUUGUGAAGUUUGGUUUCAACAGGAGACUAAAUCACAAACUUCAUAUUUCUUAAGUAUCCUGUCUCCUGCAGUGGAGUUUUUCUUAAGUUUGGUUUCAACAAGUGACAAUUUCACGAACUUCGUAUACUAAAAUGACCUGUUUUAUUCUAUAGUGAUAUUUUUAUAAGACUUAUUUGCAACAAACUUCAUAUUGCUAAAGAGCCCUGUAUCACUCUGCAGUAGUGUUAUUGUAAAGUCAGUUUUGACAGGAGAAUAAUUCAUGAAGCUCACAACGGUAUGUUGCUAAUAAUGCUCUGUUUUCUUCUGCAGUGGUAUUUUUGUGAAGUUUGGUUUCAAUACGAGACUAAUUCGUGAGCUUUGUAUUCUUGAUAAGAUGCCCUGUCUUAAUUUGCAGUGGUGUUUUUGUUAAAUUUGGUUUUUACAAGAGAAUAAUUCAUAAAAUUCAUGUCAAAUUACAUUUCUUUAUACAACUAAUGAAAUAGGACUUCCUUAUUCUCAUAAAUACACAGUUUACUUAUUAUAUAUUUAAGUUGUGUGUUCCAAAUGCUCAUGUUUAUACUUUUAAGAAUAUGUUUAAUAAUUGUAUAUAUGAUUUCUGUGGAGUUGACUAAAAGUGGUCUUUAAAAACAAAUGGGCAGUUUUGUACAUUUAUAUUAUCCUGAUAAAGAAACUUUAUAGGUUUGUUUGCUGCCCUAAUUUUGACAGCAUUCCUUGAUUCCAACACAUUUUGCAUAAGUUUCUCUUAACUGUAUUAGACAGUAUAGAAAGUUAAGUAACGUAAUAUUAGCCAAUUUAAACAUCUUUUAGUCACUUUAUCCCCUCCCUGCAUACUACUUAAAGUGCUGUUGUUGAGCGUAGUUUCUUUGUCUGAUCAAUUAAGAAUAGUGCUUGAUUGCAUAAUAUUUUUGUCUUUGAAUUGAUUACAUUUUUGGUGUGUACUUUUGUGUUAUAGAAAAAAGCAAAAAUAAAAUAACUGUUUGAAGAAUGAACAAUAGCUUGCUUGUGUGAAUAUGGUAGCUAAAAAGUAAGGAAAGGGGGAACUGCUGCUGGCAUCCAUUCAGAGCAUUUGGUAGUGCACACGACAGUCACCUGUGACAACAAAUUAUCUAGCCAAACUGUUGUGCCACUACUAAACAUAUGCUCUGGAGAAAGCAAAAGUGGUGAGAAGUAUUUCAGAAACGUACUUGUAAACAAAUCAUUAAUAGACAAGAGGUUGUUUAGAUAAAUGAAAUGUGUCUGUUUUACACAUGUCCACUCUUACCUGGCCAUUAGAAUUUAGAGGGUAAAGUACCAGCAUCAAGUCUGGGAGACAAUUGGAAAGGUCAUUAUAAGGUCAAGAAACCAAACUACUACUCAUUUUUAGAUUCUCAGAUAAAAUGUGACAUCUGAAACACGAAUGUUUUAAUUAACUGACACAAAAUAGAGCCCAGCACGCAUUUAUUCCUGGCACUUGGGAGGCAGAAACAGGUGGAUCUCUGUGAGUUUGAGGUCAGUCUGGUGUACAAAGUGAGUCCAGGACAGCAAAGGCUACACAGAGAAACCCUGUAUCAAAAAAUAAAAAAAUAAAAACCACA